AGUAUAAUGUUUGUAGGAAGCAGGAAAAAACGUCAUGAUUUGCUCAAGUUUCAUAUUGCCAUUGCUCAUAUCUGGAAAGGCAACCUGAGAUUGCUCUCUUUCUCUGUGAGGCCAAGCACUACCAGAAGUCAAGAUUGUGCUUCUUGGCAGCAGAAUCUCUGGCAAGAGUUCCUCUAGAAAUACCAUCCUGGGUAUAAAGAAAUGUAGGCAAAAACAGUCAGUUGCACAAAGCAGUCAGUUGUACUACCAGCUACACUGUAUGGUGGUCACAGUGAUCGAAACACCACACUGGAGCAGUGUUCCGACAGUGACCACUCCAAAAUGGUUUAAAGAAGAGAUUCAACAUAGCAUUUGUCUGUGCCGUCCAUACGUAUUCCUCCUGGUAAUCCCAACCGAUGAGCCAUUAAGAGAAGCUGAUAAGAGAGCAGUGGAAGAACACAUGGGUCUUUUCAGUGAGAUGGUUUCGAGACAUCCUGUUCACGUAUGGUGAUAGCCUACAAUAAAUAACAAUUGAGCAGCAGAUUGAAAGGGAGGGGGAAGCCCUCCAGUGGCUCCAGUGUGAGAACAAAUAUCAUGUUCUUAGCAAUAUGCUCAAAGCGGAAAAUACUCUGAAGUUGUAAAACGUCUGGAGAAGAUAAAGGAGAUGAUGGAAAGAAACAGGUAAAUAAUAGCCACAUUUCUCUAAAUGGUUAGUUUCAAUAAGGAACCCUAUUGCCACAUGUUCUUUGUCAAUUAACUUGUCUCAAGUCUCAACAGCAGCAAGCAUUUCAAAAACAUUUUCUGUUUUGUGCCUACUUACCCAACCCUAAACUGUGUCAUAUGGCUUCCAGCACUUCAUCUCUUGGCAUCUGAACGCAGGACAGUACUGCUGGGAAAGACUAAAGCUUUGAAGAACUCCGCAGGAAAGUGCUGUUCACUGCAGAGAACCCACUAGAGGACAUAAAGCAGAGAGCAUUAAGCAUGGAAAGAGAAGGGAAGGCUCUCAAGUUGCUCUUGAAACAGUGUGAUCAAAGGCAUCAUGUGCUGAACUUAAAUGGAAUGAUCUCCCUUAGACCACAGAGCUUCUGUGGAAGGUGGAGAGCAUGGUGAUAGGAAAUGGGAUUACAGUAGGUUUUACAAGACCUUGAAGAGGAGAGCAGCGAUUGACAGAGGGAAACAGGAUGUUGAAAGUGCAAGAGCAACGAAAUAUGAUCAAAGAAAAUGAACCUGCAAUCCACCUCUCAGAACUCAGGAUUGUUCUUCUGGGAUGGAGAAUGAGUGGGAAAAAGUUCAGCAGGCAACACCAUCCUGGUAAGGGAGGAAUUUCAGACUGAGCAAGUAACAUCUGAGUGUUUAGAGGGGCAGGGUGCAGUGGCAGGGCAACAGCUCACUGUUGGACAUACCAAGAAGAUGGACAACCUCUGAGAUCAACACUCCAAAGAUGGAGAAACUGGAGAAAGCUCACAGUGUGUCUCUGUGUGCCUCAACCGCAUGCAUUCCUUCUGGUCGUUCCUGCUGGCGUCUGCUUCAAAGAAGUUGAAAGAAGAACCACGGAGGAACACAUGGGUAUGCUCAGUGAGACAGUCUGGAGACACACCAUGGUGCUAGGAGACCAUGCCAUUGAGCAGCACAAUGAAAGUGAAGGAGAGCCCCUACAAUGGCUCAUUAAGAAAUGUGUUUUCAAUAACAUGAACAAAACCAGGUCACAGGGCUAUUGGAGAAGAAGGAGGAAUUGGUGGCAAAGAACAGAAGUUGCCACACCAGAAAUUAGGAUCUAGAUGAUGAAGAAAAAACGAUAUCUGUAACUGAAUGGGAAGAUCUAGUCGAGAAGAUGGUCAAGAUAACAACAGAGGAAUCGCAGAGGAAGCAUUGUCCCCCCCCCCCCCCCAGCAGUAACUUUGAUUUAAAGAAAGAGAACCUUGGACCUUGCAUGUUUUUAUUAUAUAUGCCUAUUCAAUAACUGCACUACUUUUACUGUGUGAUAAGAAAGGCACACAAUAUGAGGGGCUUUACUCAACUCUGCUUUUAUGUUUCAGUGAGUGGUGGCACCCCCUCUGAAGAUGGAAGCUCAGUUUAUAGUGCUGAAGCACACGCCAAGGCAAAUAUACUUAUGACUAACAAAGUGAAUAAAUGGCUAGGUCAACUGAGUACAGAUGUCAGUGUUAUUGAGCCAACAAGGAAGACAAGGACAAACACAGGAAGCAUAGACUUCCCUCUUCCCAGCAAUGAAACUCCUGUUGUUGACAAGAUGGCCAAGAAAAGGUCAUUUGAGGAGGAUGAUCUAAAAGUUGGAGUGGGGAACGAGGUACAAACCAUGUUGGAGAGAUUUGGAGCUGAUAUAAGCAAAGCUAUGCAAGCCAAGAGGAAACGUUUAGAGACCUUCACCAAGAGCUCACUGAAAGGCAGCAAUCAGAAACUGGAGCAGCUGUGGAAUACCCAGUAUGCACAAAGGCAGAAGCUGACUCAGGAGUACUCACAGCAGGUGUCAUCUGUGCUGCAGCAAUGGGAGAUUGAUGCACAGAAAUCCGAGGAUCAGGAGGAAAAAUUGAAUAACUUGUUUCGCCAGCAACAAAAACUGUUCCAGCAGGCUAGAGUGGUGCAAAGCCAGAAACUGAAAACCAUCAAAGAGCUAUACGAGCAGUUCAUUAAGAACAUGGAGGAGAUGGAGAAGAGUCAUGAGACCUUCUUGCAGGGGGCACAGGUGGAGCUGAAGAAGGAGAUGGCAGUGUUGCAGAAGAAAGUUAUGAUGGACACUCAACAGCAAGAGAUGGCCACUGUCCGCAAGUCUCUUCAGUCUAUGCUGUUCUAGAGGAAGUUUAAGCUGAUGUUACCAUGUCAAUAGCCUCUACAGUCAAACCGCUAAGGGUUUUUACAAUUUGAGAGUUCAUGACAAUUAGACACUGGAAAUGAAAGACAGAUUUUUGAAGGUUUUGAAGGUCUGAAUUCUGUUUGUAUAUUUGCAUGCUGUAUUUAUUCAUUAACAUGUUGCUUAUUCGUAUAUUUAUUUGCCAGGUGAUCUGCUAUUGUGUACUUACCUGUAUGUUUAUCUUCUGUUUGUUUCAUAAGACAAUUUGCUGUUAACAAUACAAUUUUGUUUUUAUUAAAGCCAUUAUAAGUAGCAGUUAUUUUUUAUAAUGGACUGAAGUAUUUUCUGAUUUGUCAAGGCAGACAACAAUAACAAAACUUUGAUCCACUCCUCUGUGUUUUUACAUUUUUGCCUCUUGUUUUUUUCUCCAAACAUUGAUGUAUUCUUUUUUUUUUUUUUUUACACAAUGUUGGGGCUGUACAGUAUGUUGGUUGUAAUAUAGUAGACUAUCAAUUCACCAGUACAUCCCUGCAAAUAGGUGGCAAUAAUGUACCAAUAACUGAGCUGGGCAUGUAAACAAACCCACAAGGAAGAAGACACUUCACUUAUUGGAUAGGUUUGCAGGGACUGUUAUUAGGCAAAAAUGGGUAAGAUUUGUUGCUACCUUUUUUAGUGUGUCGUACUUUUGUUACGUUUCUCAUGAAAUCAAUGUUUAGCCACUGAUUAGUUUUCAUCAGCCAAUGUUUGCUCUGUGUUAGCAUUUAAAGAGCUAUGUAAGAUGUUGUAAAUGUACAAUUUCCUAUAAAUACAGUUCAAAUUAUUUGGGUGUUUUUUGAGGUAAACCAGAUGAACGUUUGCUAUCCAGGGAAUGUGUAAGACAGAUGUUGCUGUAUACUAGCUACUUCAAUGACCUCUUCUGUCUCCUCGUAUUGCAUUGUUAUUCAGGAAAAUAACUUGCUGACCCGUGAAAGUGAACGCAUACCAGACGAUGCUAUUAUAGCUAGGCCUUUAGUAAUAUGCAUUGACCAGACCUGACAUUUGUAUUUUGUCCUUUGAAGUUAUGUCUGUAUAGUUUGAUCAAUGUAAUGAGUAAAGUAUGACUACUAUACUUUUAUCUAUCUCUCCUGCCUUGUUAAAUCAAGAUGGGUUCUUCUCCAAUCUCUUUUCUGGCUUGUUUUGCACUAGGAAAAUUAGGAUACUGAUCCUGUGGUUGGAUGGAGCUGGGAAAAAAACUACAAUUCUUUACAGACUUCUAGUUGGGGAGGUCGUCACCACUAUAACCAGUGAGUGAAAAUAUUCAACUUAUUCUCAGUGCUGAGUAACAUACUCAAACUGAUGCUCGUAACUUUGCAUGCCAAUACAAUGGUAUGUCUUGCAAUAUAUAUAUUUGUCACUGAAAUGGCUCAAGCUACUGGUCUGCCCCCCCCAUACAAGGAUCUGACAUUCCAGGUGUGGGAUCUUGGAGGGCAGACCAGUAUUAGGUUGUAAUAUAUUCCUGACUUCAAUUUAUUUAUUGUAGCAUAUGUCUCACACAACUGAAGAUGGCAACUGUCAGCGGUCAGUUUGUCAAGAGUCAACCAACAAUUGUAUUGGUUACACUGUUUCUUCUUGCAUCUCUCUCUGUUUCAGGCCUUAGUGGCACUGCUACUACUCCAAAACCGAUGCUGUUAUCUACGUAGUUAUCUGUUAUCUGUUAGCUGUUAUCUGUUAGCUGUUAUCUACGUUUCCAAGUCUGAACUGGUGGCUAUGCUUGAGAUAUCCCAAUCUAAUCAUCCCCAGCUUACAAUUGGCUCAUUCAUCCCCCCCUCCUCUUCCCUGUAACUAUUCCCUAGGUUGUUGCUUUAAAUGAGAAUGUGUUCUCAGUCAACUUACCUGGUAAAAUAACAAAAUGAAUUUGGCUUUAGGAGCUUGUAUAUGCUUACUGGUACCAUGGCUCACACUUAUCUUCUUAUCCAUUAGUCAAAUUAAUCAGGCUAUAAUACACAAUGAAUUGGUAUAUACAGUCUGAAAUGAAUGACUGCAAAAUAGUGUAAAUGUUACUUACAAGCUAGAAUGUUGAAUAAAAUUAUAUUCGAACUUACUCUGCCGGAUGUCUGUGCGGUUUGAGCUUAAGCCGCUUGAAAUCUGCUUAAUUGCAAAGAAACUCAGCAAAACAAUAAACAUCCUCUCACUGUCAACUGUGUUUAUUUUCAGCAAACUUAACAUGUAAAUAUUUGUAUGAACAUUACAAGAUUCAACAAAUGAGACAUAAACUAAACAAGUUCCACAGACAUGUGACCAACAGAAAUGGAAUAAGGUGUCCCUGAACAAAGGGGUGGUCAAAAUCAAAAGUAACAGUAUCUGAUGGCCAUUAAGUACUGCAGUGCAUCUCCUCAUGGACUGCACCGGAUUUGCCAGUUCUUGCUGUGAGAUGUUACCCCACUCUUCCACCAAGGCACCUGCAAGUUCCCGGACAUUUCUGGGGGGAAUGGCCCUAGCCCUCACCCUCGGAUCCAACAGGUCCCAGAUGUGCUCAAUGGGAUUGAGAUCCGGGCUCUUCGCUGGCCAUGGCAGAACACUGACAUUCCUGUCUUGCAGGAAAUCACGCACAGAAGGAGCAGUAUGGCUGGUGGCAUUGUCAUGCUGGAGGGUCACGCCAGGUUGAGCCUGCAGGAAGGGUACCACAUUAGGCGCAUGUCUUCCCUGUAACGCACAGCGUUGAGAUUGCCUGAAAUGACAACAAGCUCAGUCCGAUGAUGCUGUGACAGCCUCGCCCCAGAACAUGACGGACCCUCCACCUCCAAAUCGAUCCCACUCCAGAGUACAGGCCUCUGUGUAUUGCUCAUUCCUUCAACGAUAAACGCAAAUCCGACCAUCACCCCUGGUGAGACAAAAACGCGACUCGUUAGUGAAGAGCACUUUUUGCCUGUCCCGUCUGGUCCAGCGAUGGUGGGUUUGUGCCCAUAGGCGACGUUGUUGCCGGUGAUGUCUGGUUAGGACCUACCUUACAGCAGGCCUACAAGCCCUCAGUCCAGCCUCUCAGCUUAUUGCGGACAGUCUGAGCACUGAUGGAGGGAUUGUGCGUUCCUGGUUUAACUCGGGCAGUUGUUGCCAUCCUUUACCUGUCACUACCUCCUUUACCUGUCACAUCCUUUACCUUACACUACCUGAUGUAGUGAUCUUGUGCAGGUUAUAUAAACUCUUUUUUUCAGAGUUUAUAUAUUUUUUUUAGGUAUAGAGUUUUGGAUAUGUGGUUGUCUGUCAGUUUUGUUUAGAGUCUAAAGGGACUCAUUUUUGUUCCUAAGAAGUUGGGUUAAUUGAUAUCAAUAUGUAUUUAUACCUUGAAUGUUGUUAAUGUAAAGAAAAAAAUCAAUAAAUGACUAUGUGUUUGCAUGUGAUAGUAGUUACAUUAA